UUAUUACUGUAUACAGCGCGGGGCGCCGGUGAGGUUUGCUACGACAGACUUGGGUGCUUUCCUGAUGGUCCACCUUGGAGCGGAACGGCAGAAAGACCGAUCGCCGCGGAGCCGAGCCCCCCCGAUGUAAUCGACACACGUUUCCUUCUUUACACCCAGAAAAAUCGGGACAGCUACCAGAUUAUCAGCGCCAAAGAGCCGUCCUCCAUCACCAAUUCCAAUUUCAGCACCUCGAGGAAGACCCGCUUUAUCAUUCAUGGCUUCUUUCAGAGCGGCGAGAUGGCCUUGAUCGUGGAAAUAUGCAGGAGGCUUCUGCAGGUGGAGGAUGUGAACUGCAUCUCCGUCGACUGGAGUGGCGGCUCCAUAACUCUGUACUCACAAGCCGCCAAUAACAUCCGCGUGGUGGGGGCAGAAGUGGCCUAUUUUUUGGACGUCCUUUCGGAAAAGUUUGGCUAUUCCCCAUCUAAUGUUCACCUGAUCGGCCACAGUAUGGGCGCGCAUGCCGUAGGGGAGGCCGGCAGGAGAAAGAAAGGAAUCAAAAGGGCAUCAGGACUGGACCCAGCUCAGCCUUAUUUCCAGAACACUCCUGCCGAGGUCCAUUUGGAUUUGUCUGACGCUGACCUGGUUGAUAUCAUCCACACUAAUGGCGCUCCUUUUAUCCCCAAUUUAGGUCUUGGAAUGAGUCAGGUCAUCGGCCACCUGGACUUCUUCCCCAACGGCGGAGAGCAAAUGCCUGAAUGCCCCUUAAAUGCUGGUUUACCGGUCCCUUCGGACCUAACCAUUGAACAGAUAUUUGCAGAUGCCGCGAGCCCCUUGCUAUGUAACCACCAGAGCUCCGUCCGGUACUAUACAGAGAGCAUCACCAACCCCGACCUCUAUACCAGCUACCCCUGCGCUGAUUACCCCACCUUUCAGUCUGGCGGCUGCAGAACUUGCCCCAGCGCCGGGUGUCCAAAGAUGGGUCACUACGCCGACACCUACAGCGGCGUGACGUCCUCCAGCCAAGUGUUUUAUCUGAACACACCGUGAUCCGGCGUUUAACGCCUAAUGAAAAUGCGCCGUUUCCUGCGGC